AUGGUCAUGAUUUGGAUCUUGCUGCUGAGCUUGGUGGAUCCCAGCGGGCAGGCACCUUGGCCUCCAGAGCUGGCAGGAGAGGUGACCAGGGCGCCGGGAGACUGCGGCCAGGGUCCUCAGGCUUGCGACCCCAGGCUGCGCAGAGAUGCUGGGGGCCGCGGCGGAGUCUAUGAACACCUCGGGGGAGCGCCUCGGCGCAGGAAACUCUACUGUGCUACCAAGUAUCACCUCCAGAUCCACCCCAGCGGGAAGGUCAAUGGCAGCCUAGAGAAGAACAGCGUCUACAGUAUCCUAGAGAUAACUGCUGUGGAGGUUGGAAUCGUGGCUAUCAAAGGUCUGUUUUCUGGCCGAUACCUGGCUGUGAACAAAAGAGGAAGACUAUAUGCUUCGGAAAGCUAUAAUGCAGAGUGUGAGUUUGUAGAAAGGAUCCAUGAGCUGGGCUACAACACGUAUGCAUCACGCCUGUACCGAACUGUGCCUAAUAGAGCGGGCACCAGGCGCAAAGCUAGUGUCGAAAGACUCUGGUAUGUCUCCAUCAAUGGAAAAGGCCGACCCAGAAGGGGCUUUAAAACCCGCAGGACACAGAAAUCCUCCCUCUUCCUGCCCAGGGUACUGGACAACAAAGAUCAUGAGAUGGUUCGGCUAUUCCAUAUGAAUGUUAAGUACAGAGAGAGCCUACUGAAACCUCCCAGCAAGAAUCAGAGGAGGAGAAGAGGACAUCAAUAG